AUGACUCUCGCCUCCGUAACACCGGUUGUCUCUUCCUCUCCUCAAUCUCGGCGGCUUCAAGAUGCGCAGGCAAAACGAGUCGUGGCAUGCAAUUAUUGCAGGGCUAAGAAGAUUCGCUGCAAUGGCGGCACCGACGGCCCAUGCACAAAUUGUCUUGAUCGGAAGCAAGAAUGUGUCUCAGCUACUCCUCGUCGUUGGCGUAGGAGAGAACGAAGCAGGGAGCCGGAUGACAUCGUGGACAGAUUGGCGCGUGUUGAGGCACUACUGAAGCAACAACCAUUCCCUCAUACUUCGACGGAUCUUGAACCUCUGCCAGAUUUCUCAACUCCUUUGACUGGUGACUGUUUUAGACUUCUAGGAGGCAACGACUCAGAUUUGAUGAACCCACCGCAAUUGCCCGAUCAAACCAUCGCUGUGGGGAUGAACGAGGAAGGAAGUCAGGGUCACAACCUGCACUUCUUGACAUUCCCCGGUCCACAGGCGAUGGCAAAUUCUUCUGCGAUCAGAGACCCGGGGUCGCUGAUAGUGCAAAGAAACUCAACAUAUCCUGCCGAUACGACUUCUUCGUCUAUGGAGUGGGGUUCUGCAUAUGCACCUUCUACUCCUUUCGAUCCCCCCAAUGCUGCAGGCCUUGGAGGCGAUAGCCCUGAGGAGAUUCGUGAGAGAUGCUGUAUCUCGUCAAGCGAAAUUUCCAACUGGGAGUAUCAUGGUCCAAGGUCAUUCUUAUCCAUUUGUUCAAAACCAGGAAUCCAAUGGGUGGCGAGUAAAUCGGGGAGCUCGACGUUCAAUCAUUCAGCCAAGAAAUUCACCACGUACAUCACCAGUCGUCUCAAAAUCGAGAAGAUGCUGUCCAGAGAGCGAAAGCCGGAGCCAGAUCAAGAGACUGCGUGGAGGUUCACUCGAGCGUUUUUCGAGGAAGCCCUCGAGUCUGCACUAGGGAUCGUGCACCGCCCGUGGUUCGAGAUGCAACUCAAAAGUCAUUUCAAUGGGACCAUCAGCGAUGCUGACCCAGCUUGGUAUGCUCUCCGAAACGUCGUCUAUGCGUUUGGAUGUCGCAUAGAGCUCUCGAAAUGCAGUUCCUUCAAAGAAGCCACACAAUCGGCAUGGGACUGGUUCGAAAAUGCAUUAUCAGUUCAUACAGAAGUGUUAUACUUUCGAACGUCGAUAGUUGGUGUGCAGGCGUUGACUCUGAUGGCCUACUUCACACAAAACUUCGGCAGUCCGUGUCUCGAAUACAUGCUUUGUAGCACUGCCGUACGACUGAGCAUUGCGAAAGGGCUUCACCGACAAGCCGUAUCUUCAUGGAACCUGACCGACCACGAGAAUUCUCUCCGAAGCUGUUUGUUCUGGGCUGCAUAUUGUUUGGAGAAGCAGAUAGUCUGCCAAUCCGGACGUCAUUCAUUGAUUGACGACGACGAUGUCAGUUGCCAAGUACCAACAUCUGCCCCUCCUAAUAGUACUGUCAAUGUCGAAUAUUUUAGCAUCUUGAUCAGCUUAGCUCGACUUUCGUCACUGGUUUCCAAAAAGCUCUCCACGGUUCGAGCGUUCCAGCAGGGAGCGGAGUCUGUGGUGAGAUCCGUUGCUGAACUAGACGAGCAACUCGAAGCUUUGAAAAGCUCAAUGGACCCUACUAUCUCGAACCCUACUCGACCCAAAUCGAGUCCGUCAUCUUCCACAAUGACCGCACAACAACUCGCCUAUCUUCGCUCUGCAUUGUUCAGCUUGACACUGGAUAUGCACACUUCAUUAACGUACCCUUGGAGUCGCAGCAUGCUUGGCUUGACUCCUUGCGCUGCGUUGCGCGACCAGGUCAACAGAUCAACGCAGAUCGUGGCAGAGACAUGUCGCAAGGCCAUCCUGGCGACUGAGCAUGUCCAGUUUGACGCCAGCACUCCUGUUCCGCUCGGCUUCUUUGGGCCCAUACAUGCUCUGAUCAAUCUCUUUCUUUAUAUUUUGCAAGAUCCUCAACGACCUGGCGUUCAGUCUGAUCUUGCACUCAUGGACAUGGGCGCGGGAUAUUUUGCUCGGGUACAAUUUCUGACCGACUCGGAAGUCUCCAUCAGCUUUGUGCGAGAGAUGGCUUCCCUUGCCCACGAAGUGACAGAGAAGGCUUCUCGUCGUCAGGCUAGUAACACUGGCAUUGCUUACAACCAGGAUCUCUCGAACUUCCCGUCAAUCAUACCGGAUAGCGCGACGGAUCAAGAUCUUGUAGUCGAAGAUCAGCUGUCCAACGAUCAGACCGCUGGCGACAUGGGCACUUCUUGGGACCUUGAAUGGGAAAGCUGGAGCACUUUUCUACCUACAGGCGACGAUAUUUUCUUGACUUGACAUUGAUAACAAUACUACCGUGGUAUAUGGCUGGCUGCCUUUCUUACACCAACCCAAAAGGAAGCAUUGCAAACAUCCCGUCAUCAGCCAUGCUCCCGCAAGGACAUGGGUCAGCAAUGAGAGGACUCCGCCGGUGGGCGACCAUAUCGUCGAUGGCACUGACCUCAUGAGUCGUCCGUCGGUCCGAUCACACAUCGACCUUUUCAGGCAUCCACGUGCUUAGAGCCAUGCCCUCCGGCAUCUUUUUCCAUUGCUUAGUGUUGGGGUCGAGCAGGUCCUGACAUUCGCGGGCGGCGACUCGUAUGAUCUUGACCUUCUCUGCAGAUCGUGGUGUGAACACGGCCUGGUAGUCCCGUGGUUGCACGGUGAUGCCGCCCACGAGGUCGUCGAUGUCCGGCGUGAUGGGGUUGCCACUGUCGUCGAGCGGCUUGGACAUGUCGAACGCCCAAA